GCGGGGCAGACAGUCUCCCAACACCUGCACCUGGUCACUUGAUUCACUCUAGAACAGCAUCAACCCCCCAGCAAAGGAUACACGGAUCAGCAUCUUGAUCACAUCAGACGAUGGUGAUGGUUGUUGCCGUCCACACUUAAAGUUUUGGGAGGAGUGGAAUAAGUGAGCAGGGAUCAAUUGCUCUGGUUGUUGUUUGUUUUUUUGUGUGGCAUUGAAGGAAUGCUUUCGAUUUAUAGCGACUGACCAGGGAGCACUUCGAUCAAGCGGAUUUUAAACAACCUAUUGGAUUUGACUUGGUUUUGUAAUUGCGCAGCACGGCUGGGAUUUUUUUUUUUUUUUUUUUUUCAAGCCUGCUCCGAGGUGUAAAACGCAGGGAAUGCAGCGAUAACCUUCCCGCAAGUUUUGGAUCUCGGGCAUUGAGAAAGUCGGGAAACAAAAGAUUUAGACUUCUGUGGUCUACCUGCAUGACUGUUACCAUGACAGCAUCUGCAGCCCAGCUCCUGCUGUUGGCCUUAUGUGUUUACAGAGGUUUGGGCCUUCAGCAGUCUGCUCCACGGGUUCGCCUCUCCUUCAAAGAACUGAUGGACACGCGGGCGGCAAGGCCAUUCAGUUUCUCCUUCAACACAAGUGACUACCGCAUCCUACUGAUGGAUCAGGAUCAAGGCCGUCUCUACCUGGGCAGUCGGGAGUACCUGGUGGCCCUGGACAUGCACAAUGUCAACAAGGAGCCGCUCAUAAUCCACUGGCCAGCAUCUGCAAAGAGAAAAGGAGAAUGUCAGAUGACAGGAAAGGGAAGACAGGGCGAGUGUGCCAACUUUGUGCGGUUGAUAGAGCCAUGGAACCGCACCCACCUCUACACCUGUGGUACGGGAGCGUACCAACCCAUCUGCACCUUCAUUAACAGAGGCUGGAGGGCAGAGGACUACCUGUUUAGGCUGGUCCCUGGGUAUGUGGAUUCAGGAAAGGGGAAAUGUUCCUACGAUCCCAACCAGGAGAACAUUGCUGUUCUGAUCAAUGGGAACCUCUAUGCAGGCGUCCAUAUCGACUUCAUGAGUACAGAUGCUGCCCUGUUUAGGACCAUGGGAGGAAGAACGGCAAUCAGGACGGAGCAAUAUGACUCAAGGUGGCUCAAUGAGCCUGUGUUUAUUCAGAUCCAGCAGAUCCCUGACAGUGCUGAAAAGAAUGAUGACAAGCUCUACUUCUUUUUCCGAGAGAAAAGUCUGGACUCCAGCGGUGGGGCAAGCCCUAGUGUUCUGGCCCGGGUGGGAAGAGUGUGUUUGAAUGACGAGGGUGGACAGAAGUCCUUGGUGAACCGCUGGACGACGUUCCUCAAGGCUCGCCUCAUCUGCUCUGUGAUAGCAGAAGAUGGAGUGGAGACGCCAUUUGAUGAACUGAGGGAUGUCUUCAUUCAGCCCACACAAGAUGAACGAAACCCUGUGGUGUACGCUCUCUUCACUACAGCUGGCUCUGUGUUCAAGGGCUCAGCAGUGUGUGUGUACUCAAUGGCUGACAUCCGCAACGUCUUCAAUGGACCCUUUGCCCACAAGCAUGGUCAUAAUUACCAGUGGACGGAGUACACAGGCAAGAUCCCCUACCCACGGCCUGGAACAUGUCCAGGAGGAACCUUUACCCCUGGCAUCCGCUCCUCCAAGGACUUCUCAGAUGAGGCUGUGAACUUUAUCAGGGCACAUCCCCUCAUGCACCAUCCUGUUUAUCCAAUCCACCGCCGCCCCCUGGUGGUGCGAACUGGUGUCGACUACCGUUACACUGCCCUGGUGGUGGAUCAGGUGGAUGCUGUGGAUGGACGCUAUGAGGUGCUCUUCCUAGGGACAGAUCGUGGCACUGUCCAAAAAGUCAUUGUUUUACCCAAGGACCCAACAAGCAUGGAGGAGCUCACUCUAGAGGAAGUGGAGGUGUUCAGGACCAGAGCGCCUGUCAAAACAAUGAAGAUAUCCUCUAAAAGACAACAGCUGUAUGUGUCAUCAAAUGCAGGGCUUACCCAGGUGUCCCUGCACCGCUGUGGUGUGUAUGGCAGGGCCUGCUCUGACUGCUGUCUGGCCCGGGAUCCCUACUGUGCCUGGGAUGGAGAGAGCUGUUCUGCCUUUACCCCCUCCACCAAGAGGAGGAGCAGACGUCAGGAUGUGAAACAUGGUGAUCCACUGAGGCAGUGUAGAGGCUUCAAUGCUAAAGUAGAGAAACGUCUGAGAGAAACAGUUCAGUUUGGGGUGGAGGGCAGCAGCACGUUUUUGGAGUGUCAGCCCCGCUCUCCCCAGGCUACAGUCAAGUGGCUCUUCCAGAGAGAAGGAAAGAGGAAAGUGCUCAACCGGGCGGGUGCAGUCCUGAAGACCAACCACGGCAUCCUUCUGAAAUCUCUCAACCAAUCAGAUGCUGGGCUCUACCACUGCCUCGCCACCGAAAACAACUUCAAACACACAGUGGCCCGUGUGGCUCUGCGCAUCCUGGAUCGAGACAUUGUUUUAGCCCUCACGUCUCAGGAUGAGGAUGAAGAAUCCAAAACUCCACCAGGGGGACAAACCCAACACAACUCCCAUGAGCCCUACCAACAAUCCCCCUCUGCCCCCACACCAUUCCCACCUGAGAUUAGACUGAUCAACCAGUACUGCCAGUCCUACUGGGAGCAGCUCCAUCCCAAACAGCAGCAGCAGCGCAAACGCACCAGCCGCAGACACACAGAGAGCCAGGAUCAGGGCCUCGGCUAGAGAGAACGGGACUGACGCAGUCCAGCACUGGCCUGUCUGGACCCAAGGGUGGACUUCCAUGUUUGACAUGCAUGUUUGUGCAUCACCUCCACUCACACAAAGGGAGGUGGUGCUCUCAUGCCGUCGUUAAGUAUCUUAAAAACAAAAGAAAUGUAAUAUAUUGAUUGUGAAUAUAAUAUAUAUGGUCAUGGUAUGGUCAAUCCAUCGGAUUACUCUUGUAUGUUAAUAAUAUAAGGGUAUUAAUGCAUAUGUUGCAUGCUUAUUUGUUUGCAAAUUGUACAUGUUACUGUUGUUUUGUUUUCAACCUCAGUGGGUAAUGCUGUGUGUAAGGUGUAGUGUAUUCUUGUCAAACAAAUUCCAUUUGAUGUUGUCAUGUAAUGACUCCCUUACUGUCCUGUGAUCUAGUGAUGUGUGUGGGUGUUGAAGACAUGUAUAGCAAACAGUAUUCUUCCAGUUAUGCACUUUGUUGGUGGUGGUUUUAGAGGGAAUUAGGGCUCUUUGCACAAAUAUGUACAUGUUAUAAAAAUGGGAAUGAAACUGGCUCAGAUUUAGCAUUAAUUGUUGUUAGUUGUUCUGCCACAUACUGUAUUUGCAAAGGUUAGGAAGGCUCUUUUCAAUGGAAGGGCAAGAAACCAGAGUCAAAUGGACAUAUCCUACCGGUCAGAGCCACCAUUCACCUUCAUUGUGAGUAACACAGUGAUAUGUGCUGUCAUGCUGAUGAAUCAUACACUGGAAAUGUUCGAACAAAUAUAUAAAGAUUUAUGAAUUCUCAAA